GCCUCCACUUCCUUCUAGGCACGGAUGCCCCCAGCUUGGCCCCCACUGCCCACGUGCUGGGGGUGGCGCCGGUGCUGCCAGGUGCACGGUCAUGGUCGGAUUUGUACGAACGUUUACCCUGUUGUACGAGCAGUAAUGGUACAAGCGUUCAAAAUUGUAGGAUCAUUUUGGAGGCAGCUUAGGCACGCAGCAGGUGGAAAACCCAAGUCACUGGCAAAACUGACUCUCGGGUUUGCUGUGACGGCUCACCUCAAGAUUAGGGUUGCCAGCCCUCCAGGAUUGCCCUGGAGUCUCCAGAUAUAAACCUCCAGGAGACUGCAGAGAGGCACCCAGGGGAUGAAUGACAGGGCAUUCAUUAAAAUAAAUAUUAAAUGUUGAAUCUGAUUUAUGCAGUAGUUCAGUGGGUUUUAAAAAUGUAAUAGUCAUGUGUAUUUGCCUUCCUGACUAAGUCUGUGCGCUGUACUCCGUAACUGAUACAUGCAAGCAUGCAGGCACAUUCGUGUUGUGUGUCAUGGGCACGUUGGCAUUCCCGAAACUUCCCGGAAUAGAUUCAAACAGGGUUGACAGUCCUACUCAAGACACAGAAAUGCUUAGACUGUGAUGACCCAGCUCUCACUCGCUGGCAGCUUGCAGUGAACAAUAUAAAUAGCAGAGCCAAGAAUGCUACCCAGGAGACUGAACCCCUUCAGACUGCAAGUUCUGUUUCCUUCGGAGGUUUUCCAUUCAGCCUGCCCAGCAGAGGAAAAUUCCAAACCGGUACCUGGGUCAGCCUAGCCCCUUCACACACCCACACCUUCUCAAGCCAGGUAAAGAUCCUGAAUGGCAGGGGAGGUAACACCAGGGCUGUCCCAGGUGGAAUAUGCUCUACGCCGACAUAAGCUGAUGAGUUCGAUCCAGAAGGAGGCUAAAGACUGGGGUGGUAUGGACCACACAGUGAUUCUGCUAUCCAACCCCACCUAUUACAUGAGCAAUGACAUCCCAUACACCUUCCACCAAGACACUAAUUUCCUGUACCUGUGUGGGUUCCAGGAACCUGACAGCAUCCUGGUGCUCCAGAGUCUGCCUGGCAAAGUGCUGCCAUCUCACAAAGCCAUGCUUUUUGUACCACGUCGAGACCUAAACCGAGAGCUGUGGGAUGGGCCGCGAUCAGGCACGGAUGGGGCAGUAGCUCUCACAGGAGUGGAUGAAGCUUAUACCAUAGAGGAGUUUAGAAACCUGGUGGCCAAACUUAAAGGUGAGUCAAAUGUGGUUUGGUAUGACUAUGCAAGGCCUGUGCACCCUCAGCUCCACUCUGAGUACCUGCAGCCUCUGACUGAGAUGAAAACUGGAAGCAAAAACCGUAUCCGAGGUUUCUGUCACCUGGUGCAAAACCUCCGGCUGAUCAAAUCCUCUGCAGAGAUUGAGAGGAUGAAGGUUGUUGGAAGGGUGACAUCACAGGCUUUCACAGAAACAAUGUUUGCCAGCAAAUCCCCAGUGGAUGAAGCAUUUCUGUAUGCCAAGUUUGAAUUUGAGUGCCGGGCUCGUGGUGCUGACAUCUUGGCUUACCCCCCCGUUGUUGCUGGUGGUAACAGGUCUAACACCUUGCACUAUGUGAAAAACAAUCAGCUUAUCAAGGAUGGUGAAAUGGUCUUGCUAGAUGGCGGGUGUGAGUCUUCCUGCUAUGUAAGUGAUAUCACCCGUACAUGGCCCAUCAAUGGCAGGUUCACUGGUCCCCAAGCAGAGCUGUACCAGGCAGUCCUGGAGGUCCAGAAGUCUUGUCUGAGCCUCUGCUCCCCAGGUGUGAGCUUGGAGAACAUCUACAAUCUCAUGCUGAGCCUCACAGGGCAGAAGCUAAGAGAACUGGGGGUGCUAAGGAGAAGCAUUGAUGAGAACCACUUCUUCAAGGCUGUCCGGAAGUACUGCCCGCAUCAUGUGGGCCAUUACCUGGGUAUGGAUGUUCAUGACACACCCAGCAUGUCCCGAUCACUUCCACUGCAGCCAGGCAUGGUGAUAACCAUUGAACCAGGGAUUUAUAUCCCAGAAGAUGACCUGGCUGCCCCCAAGAGGUUCCGUGGCAUUGGUAUACGAAUUGAGGAUGAUGUUGUAGUGACAGAGGACACACCGCUAAUCCUUUCUGCAGACUGUCCCAAGGAGAUCUACCACAUUGAGCAGAUCUGUGGCCACAGUUUGUGACCUUUCUCCUCUGCCUCUUCCAGCUUCCUCAGGUUCUCCAGGAAACACACUCCUGUGCACCCUGACAGAUGUGUAUUUUUGUAAAUGGACAUGGUUCCUGGGCAGUGAGAGUUGAGGGCUAGUUUGGAGGGUGUUGCUGCUCCAGGAACUGAGGGAGUUAUGAGGGAGACCUUGGGCAAUGUGGCUAUUAAAAUAAAGAGCCAAUUAUUUAUAUAUCUAAUUUUUGUUCUUGUUAGUGUCAAUUCAACAAAGGAUCCAGAGUGCAGGAAGUAGAUUCCUUACCCUGCCACAUAGAUCCUUCCCCUUCUUCUCUGUUACAUGGUGAGACAGUUUUGCUCAGCAUAGCCCUUUGCCUGGCUCUGUCUACUUCGUAAUGAAUGGAAUAUAGCAGCUGUGAUCCAGGCUCCAGGCAGAUUGCUCUUUGCUAGCAGUUUUGCACCAGGGCAGUCAAUCACAGAUGUUCAAAAUUAAAAUUUCAAAGUCGUCUCAGAGGGCAGGCACAAGCUGGGGGACAACUUUGGCUUCUGCAGUAGCAAUGACAAAAGGGGAUUGGACAGAUUAGCAAUUGGGCUCAGGCUGUGGUAGUUUGUAGUCAGUGAGGAAGGGUUUUAGCAUCUGAGGAUAAAGAUUCACAGAGGUCUUGUUCUAAGAGAUGCAAGCAAGAUCAGCAGUAGGGAGAAAGAGUCACCCUGUAGUAAGGCACAUUGGAGGGUUUGGUUAAUUGGGAGAAGGGACUAGACGGGGAGGGCACUCCUCAUUGUGUGUAGGCUAGCGAUUCAUCCUGCACUCUUGCCUCCUUUCCUUUCCGCCUAUAUCUCAGUCCCAGCUUUGUAGUCUAAUGUCACCACUGUUCCUCCAUCUAGAGCUGAGCUCCCUGGAUUAGACUGUAUUGGUAACCCACUGGCUAUGUCCUAGUUGAAAUGCAGUACAUGAAUGGGCAGUUGUGUGCAGGACAGUUACAUCUCCAUCUGGGGCUUAAAUAGCAGGUGCAAACAGCCUCAGCAAUGCCCAGUGAACAGCGUGCAGCACAUGGAGCAAUUUGCCAGGAAAGGAGAAAACUCUUGUGAGGAAUUCCAGGAUGAACACCUGCCUUUUGGGACAUUCCAAAUGGAAAGAAAGGGCUCUUGGACAGUAUCUGUGAGCCUGGUAUAAAUGUGAUCCCUGGCAGGGCCAGAUUAGUGGUAUCAAAAGAAAAGGGUGGGUCCUAAUUCCCCUCAGUUCCAUCCACAGUUGAGUUCAUUUUAGGCAGUGGCAGAAGAACCCACAAUAGCCAAAUGCAGUCUGUGUAUUUUGGCCCUGUUUUGGCUACCAGCUGUCUAUUUAAUACAUUGUGAAAAAUGACAAUGCACUUAAUGCUCUUGCUUUCAUUUCUACUUUCCUUUCCUUCACUCCAAUCUCUUUUUUUUUUCCCUCUCAAGGAUGCUUGUAUAUGCUUUAUUUUGUGAUAUUCAGUAUCUUCCCCUUUAUUUCCUUUAUUUUUCCUCUUUCUCUUUGUUAUGCUUUAAUUCCAUGGCCCCCCUCCCCUUCCCAGUUUCACUCUUGCCUAAUCUCCCAACUUCUCUCUAUUAGUAUGUCCUUUCAGACCUGAAUAGAUACCAUGCUUAUACCAAUAUAGCUGACCUUCAGUGCAGUAUAAAAAA